UACUUGGUGAGGUUGCUGUUCUUUACUACAAUGUAAGCACGGCCAAGGCAGUAAAAGGUAUGUGUCACUUGACAAUGGCGUCCGCCACGUACCGCCUCGCCACCGACACAUGUGUUGAUCUCCAUAUACGAUGUCAGUCUCCCAUGUCAAACUUCAUUCCAUAAAUACCCAUGAUGCCACUCGUGCAAUCUACACAAAGAUUUUAUGCCCAUAUUCCUGCGAUCGAGCUUGCAGAACACGACAACCUAGUUUCCCGAGCACCAACUACGAUGGACGAUCCUGACCAAGAUCGGUCUGCGCAGGCUGAUGUUGUUCCCCCUCCAGUGAGACACCCCAACCCUGUACAGUCCAGUCGUUACACAGUGACCAGCACACCCAGUGCCAAGUCUGAAGACGCGAUCACUGAUGUGCCUGUCACAGUAGAAGACGACGAGUGCAUCGAAGCUGAAAGUGAUGACGAUGAGGAGUGGUGGAAUUAUGUGGACUGGAAUUCUGAUGCAAGCUCCGACUCCAGCCCCGUGACAAGUCCUGAUCCCUCGAGCAAGGUGAAUGAGUCUACUGCUGCUGACAUCGAGAGGAUGGAUGACGGUGAGCAGAUGAACCUGGUGACAGACAACGGAGAGUACAAGCCCUUUCUUGACUUGGAGAGAUUGGAACCAGCAAUGAACAAAGAGAUUGACCUUCGCAGAUAUGCUAUGGUCAAUUGGCAGGUCGAAUGCAAUGAGGCGAGGGACAUUGAGCGAGAAGAUUUGGCGAAACAGAUUGAAGCUUGAGAAUCAUAUGCAUUGACUUGUUUAGAAGAAUAUUGCGUUUGUGGCAUGUCUGUACAAUGCUGGAUGGAUGUUUUAGUUGAGGUGAGUUACAGGCUGGUCCUGACGUCUGCUUACCAUACAUGCACAGG